CUCUACUUAUGAGCUCAUAGAUAAUAAUUCCCUCACUUCAAAGAACAGAAUAAUCUCUAGCCCAGAAAGGACAACGUAAAUAAAUAACCCAAGAAUCAUACAACGAAUUUCGUCUCAUCAGCUUGAAGGAUAACUACCAAGGGAGAUCACCAUAAAAGAAUCAUAAUGGCUCGCCCGGCACCCUCCGAUGAUCCUUUCGGCAGGAAAAUUGUGGCUACAACCCAUGAUGACACAUAUCAAUUCAUCAACCCAGAGAACGGUGAAGCAUCCGACAUCAAAGUACUAGUCUCUGGUGCAUCCAAAGGGAUCGGUCGAGAAACCGUCAAGUCUUUCGCACGAGCAGGUGCCUCUUCAAUUGCCUUGCUGGCUCGGUCACCCCUCGAUGACGUGGUGAAUGAAGUUCUGGAGGCAGCCAGGGCCGCAGGCCGAAAGCCACCCAAAGUCCUGAAACUUCAAGCAGAUCUGUCCGAUCCGGCCGCUGUCAAAUCUGCGAUGGACCAGGUCGAAGAACAGUUCGGAUCGCUUGAUGUGGUCAUCAACAAUGCCUCCAGGCUCGAGACAUGGCGCCCUCUCGCAGAGACCGAUAUCAACGAUUGGUGGUUGACCUGGGAGGUCAAUAUCAAAGGCACAUACAUUGUGACCCGAGCUGCCUUGCCGUUGGUCUUGAAGGGUGACUUGAAAACCAUUGUGACACUCACGAGUGCUGGAGCCUUCGUUUCAACCAUGCGAUACUUUGUACUGAUGAAGACAUGGAUAGCCCCGGCGGAAGUGCUUACCAGACGACCAAGUUAGCACAGAUCCGGCUCAACGAUUUUUUGGUAUCAGAGUAUAGUCAGAAAGGCGUGAUCGCCUAUGCUGUCCAUCCUGGAGGCGUAAGGACCGAAACGGCCCUCAACAUGCCAGAGUACAUGCAUGCCCGUCUGACCCAGACGCCCCAAAUGUGUGCUGAUACCAUAGUAUGGUUGACAAGAUCGCGAAAGGAAUGGCUUUCUGGACGCUUUGUUUUCGGCCCCUUGGAUAUGGAAGAGCUUCUCGCGAAGAAAGAUGAGAUUGUGGAGAAGGACUUGCUGAAAUUGAAACUUACCGUUUAAGCGCAAUGCUUAAGAGCAUGAUUGCAAGGCGCUUGGUGGUAGCAUGCCCUUAGAUGAGAGCAAAAUCGGCCAAAGUACUUCGAAAAUGCACGCUGUUAUUGUGAUGAGUUUAUUAGGUCCUGAUUAAAGCCACCUCUGACGCCAAUGCUCC